AUGGCAUCAGAACAUAAGGAUUGUGAUGGAAGAAUUCGAUGUCCUUGUGUGAGAUGUAUAAAUAGUAGGUUUGAAAAAAUAGAUAGGGUUAGAGCACACGUAUUUGAUCGAGAUUUCAUGCAAGGAUAUGAGAAGUGGAUUUAUCACGGCGAGCCUGAGGAUGUUGUCAAUGAUGUAGCAGUUGCCGAUGUUGAAUCAGAGGAUGAAAUGAUUCCUAUUCUAGAAGACUUCUUUCCCCCAACAACAGAGGAUGUACAAGGAGAAGAUGAACAACCAACCACAAACCCUCAUUUUGAUGACUUAUUUGAGGAAAUUGAAGCUGAAUUGUAUCCCGGUUGUGAUUGGAUUUUGUCUCUCAACUUUUUAGCAAAGCUAUUGCAUUUAAAAGUUAGAGGAAAAAUUCCUAAUAACAUCUUUGAAGAAUUGUUGAAGCUUUUAAAGUUUGCAUUUCCGAAGGAAAAUAAUAUUCCAGCAACUUACUACGAGGCAAAAAAGAGAUUGAAGAAAUUAGGCUUGGGUUAUGACUCUAUCCAUGUCUGUUUGUAUAAUUGUUGCCUAUUUUAUAAGGAGAAUGCAUCCAAGGAGGCUUGUCCAGUUUGCGGAAUUAGUCGUUGGGUUACUUCCGAGAACGGCAAAGCAAAAAAAGUUCCUUGCAAAGUCAUGCGAUACUUUCCGUUGACACCUCGACUUAAAAGAUUAUAUAGUUCGAGGAUUACAGCGAAGAGCAUGAUAUGGCAUCAUACUGGAAAAUCAAAAGAUGAUGGGGUGUUGCGACACCCGGUCGAUGGUUUAGCUUGGAAAGACUUUGAUGCAAAACAUCCCGAAUUUGCAAGGGACCCAAGAAAUGUUCGACUUGGGUUAGCUGCUGAUGGAUUUAAUCCAUUUGGCAACAUGAGUCUUGCAUACAGCAUGUGGCCAGUGGUGUUGGCUAACUAUAAUCUACCACCUUGGUUAUGUAUGAAAGAUAAUUAUUUUUUGCUAUCUACCCUAAUUCCUGGUGCAAAAUCUCUUGGUAAAGACAUGGAUAUAUUUUUAAGACCUUUGGUGGAUGAAUUAAAGGAGUUGUGGAAUAAUGGGGUACCAACGAGAGAUAGUUCGACCAACUCGAUGUUCACCAUGCGUGCUGCGCUUUUGUGGACAGUGAAUGAUUUUCCUGCUCGUAGUAGCUUGUCUGGGUGGAGUGGUCAAGGUUAUAAAGCUUGCCCUACUUGUAAUGAAGACACGACGUCCAUUCGAGUGAUCGGGAAGACGUCAUAUGUUAUUCAUAGAAGGUUCUUGCUAAGUAACCAUGCAAUGAGAAGGGAUACUCGAUUUGAUGGUAAAGUUGAAAGAAGACCUCCUUCAAGACGAUUUACUUGUGAAGAGAUAUUAUCACAAGUUAAUACUCUCGAACCCCGAAUUCCCGGACAUCAUGAAAAUUUUGGGGGCGUGAAACGUAGAAGAGUUGCAGAAACUUGUAAUUGGAGGAAAAAAAGUAUUUUCUACGAGUUAGAGUAUUGGAGCACGAAUAUUUUAAAACACAACAUUGAUGUCAUGCAUGUUGAGAAGAAUGUGUGUGAUAGUCUCCUAGGAACCAUCUUGGAUAAUGAUAAAUCAAAGGACACAACCAAUGCGCGACAUGAUUUAAAGAAGAUGGGUAUUAGGGAAUCGUUGUGGAUUUAUGAAGAUGGGAAUGGGAGGCUAAUGAAACCGCAUGCUCCUUAUGUUUUGACUCGUGAGAAAAGACAACUUUUUUGUCAGUUUGUUAAAGGAAUAAAGUUUCCCGAUGGCUUCUGA